AUGUGGAUAUUUCACGGUGCCAACAGUUCAGUGCGUCUUUCCUCCACUUGGACCCAGUGGUGCUUGCGUUACGCUGCGGUGUUGAGUUUGUUGUGUUCGCCCGUCAGGACGGAUGACGCGUGUCCAUACUCCUGCGUCUGUGCCAGAGACUCGGGGACGGUGACCUGCCGGGACGGGGAGGACACGGAGGUACCGGGGGACAUACCGGAGUGGACGUCCAGCCUGAUCCUCCGGGGGAGGAACAUCUCAACUCUACAGCGCGGUGCGUUCAUGAGCAACGGCUCGGAGUUGGACAUGACGAUUCUCUCGCUGUCCUAUAACGGGAUACAGGCGAUUGAGCCUUACGCCUUCCUGGGGCUCCCCCGGUUGCGUUUGCUGGACCUGAGCCACAACCAGCUGGAGCUGAUCUCAUCCAGAGCUUUCCAUGGAUUACCUGAUCUGCGCUCUCUUUACCUCAAUAACUCUGUUUUACCUUCAGCCGCAGCGCAGCUCUCUGAGGCACUCGACACACAAACUUUGCAAAACCUGCACAGACUGGAGCUGGCGGGGAACAGACUGAGGUCUAUACCAAUGCUGAGGUUGGACAUCUACAACCUGCACGCCUUGGUGCUGGUGAACAACUCCAUAGAGAGCAUCGGCUGGGAAAACGUGACCAACCUGUACCAGCAAACUCGCCUACGUGUCUACUUGGCGUUGAACCCGUUCAGGUGCAACUGUGGACUGGAGGCGUUUUACUACUGGCUGAAGAACUCGUCCCAGUGUGCGGAUUCAGGGCAUCUCCUGUGCAGUGAGCCGGAGGCCAAGAGGGGGGUCCCCGUGGAGAUGCUCCGGGGAGACGACGUGGAUUGUAUGAACGAGAACCUCGAGGCGGUCUCCUACGUGUUUCUCGGUUUAGUGCUGGCUCUGAUUGGGCUGGUGUUUCUCAUGGUGCUCUAUCUCAACCGUGGUGGCAUCAAACGGUGGCUCAACAACAUCAGAGAUGCUUGCAGGGACCAGAUGGAGGUCUACCAUUACCGCUAUGAGCAGGACUCAGACCCCAGACUGGCCAAUGUGGCUGUUUAA